AUGCAACCAGUGACCAUUGUCCAGAUUGAAGACGACAGCGAUGCAGAGACCUAUGGAGAAGAGAAUGAUGAACAGGGAAAUUAUUCUAAAAGAAAGAUUGUCUCUAACUGGGAUCGAUAUCAAGAUAUUGAAAAAGAGGUCAAUAAUGAAAGUGGAGAGUCCCAGAGGGGAACAGAUUUCAGUGUCCUCCUCAGCUCUGCAGGGGACUCCUUCUCACAGUUCCGGUUUGCUGAGGAGAAAGAAUGGGAUACUGAAGCUUCUUGUCCAAAACAGAAUUCAGCAUUUUACGUGGAUAGUGAGUUAUUGGUUCGAGCCCUUCAAGAGCUGCCUCUCUCCCUCCGACUCAACGUUGCUGCUGAACUGGUCCAGGCCACAGUUCCUUUAGAGCUUCCUCAGGUGAAACCAAAGAGAACUGAUGAUGGCAAGGGACUAGGGAUGCAGUUAAAGGGGCCUUUGGGGCCUGGAGGAAAGGGGCCCAUCUCUGAGCUAAAAUCUGCAGCUGCUGGCUGCCCUCUGUUGCUGGGCACAGACAACCCAAGACCGGGUCCUUCAACGGAUUCUCAGAAACCCACUUCCCCACUGCAGUCAGCAGGAGACCAUUUGGAAGAAGAACUAGAUCUGUUGCUUAAUUUAGAUGCACCUGUAAAAGAGGGAGAUAACAUCUUACCAGAUCAGACAUCUCAGGACCUGAAAUCCAAGAAAGAUGGGGAGGUGGCCCAAGAGGAGGAAGUUUGUGCAAAACCAUCUGUGACUGAAGAAAAGAACGUGGAACCUGAGCAACCAAGUACAUCCAGACAUGUUACCGAGGAAGAGCUGGAAGACUGGUUGGACAGCAUGAUUUCCUAAAAUGGGGAAAAAAAGUGCCUGAAGCAAAUCUUGGUUGCCUUCUAAGGGCAGGUGGGCAUAAGGCUGUCCUUCAGGAACAGCCAGUUUACAAGCAUGCCCCAAGCUAGUGUGUUCCAUUGUGCUCACAGCAGUAAAUGCCUACCUCUGUGUUUGACAUCUGAAAGAAUACAUUGAAGCAGCUUGUUGCAUUUGUUUUUCUGGCUUAGUAAUCUAAUAGAUUCCCUCAAGGGUGGGAUAUAUACUCUGGCCCUUGUUUCUAGCCUCCUUCCUUGCAGUGUUUACAGCAUAGCAGGUGCUGCUGCUGAUUAAGAGAAUAGAUGCAAACAAACAAGGCUUGCAUUUGGCCAAAAUAAACAAAUGCUGGUCUGUCCA